UAAAAUAACUGCACGGGCUUAACUAAGACAUCUGAAGUCACAACAAACCCUAAUAUUUUAGAUUCUCUACAGAUUAAUAUGCAACCAGCUUUUUCCCAUCAAACACCACCGCCAUCUCCGGCCAUGACGUCACACUCACCGUCUUCAUCCACUGUCUCGAGUAAAAGACCAAAAAUUAAGAGCGAAGAGGCACUGAAACCGAGUUUUGCUGAUCUUCCAUCAAGUCUUAUGGAAAUAAUAAUGUCUCGUCUUGUGUUAAAAGAUAACAUUCGUGCAUCUGCUGCUUGCAAGUCAUGGCUUGAUGCUGCAGUCUUUGUUCGUGUAGUGGAAAAACAUCCUUGGCUUUUUUACAUGUCUAGACGUGGCCACUCCCUUAAACUCGUCGAUCCAUUCCAGUGGAAGUCAUACACUCUAGAACUGCCGGAGAUAGCUAAAUCAACUGUGUUUUACUCAAGAGAUGGCUGGUUACUUAUGCAUAGAUCCAACUCAAAGGACAUCUUCUUCUUCAACCCUUUUUCUCGGGAGCUAAUAAGUUUGCCUAACAUUGCCUUUCCUUUUAAUGAGAUUGCAUUCUCUUAUCCUCCUACAUCGGAUAACUGUGUUGUGGUAGCUUUAAACUUUAACGUGCAGCACCGUGUCACUAUCAGUACUUGCCAUCCUGGAGCAACUGAGUGGAUUGCUAGUGUCUUCCCUGCUAACAAUCAACAGCUUUAUAUGAAGACCAAGAUUGUCUAUCACAAUGAUCGAUUUUAUGGCUUUAACGUGGGAACAGAGAGCUUGUUUUCCUUUCACCCAUCUUCCCGUACGUGGAUGUCGUAUCCUCAUGCAAAUAUAGAUCCCACUUUGACACAAGAAUGGUACAAGAAAGAUUUUUUUUUGGCAGAGACCAAAGGAAAGCUCUUUCUCAUGUUAACAAGCGUAAAUGAGGAGCCAAUGGUCUAUGAACUUGUCUCUUGGAGCUGGAAAAAGAUGAGUCCUAGUGAGCUUGAUGGCUUGACAUUCUUUGUCAGUUUUUAUAACUCUGAGUUGACAACUAAUAUCCCAUCGAUGAGGAACAGUGUAUGUUUCUCAAGGUUUGGUUACAAUCGCCAGCAUGUAUCCUACUCGUUCGACAAAAGCAGGUACAAUCCGUCUAUGGAAUGGCACAACGAGUUAGAGCUUUGUCCUCCUCAGAGCCUCUGGAUCGAUCCGCCCAAUAACGUUUUAGACUAUUUAGAGGAGGUUUGUGGACAAAUUGUCUAUAGAGAUAGACAACUCACUCAGACAUAUUCUCCUCAACUAUUGGCUUGAGUUUCUAAUAUGAACCUUGCAAUGUGGGUGCUGGCGGGUAUUAGCGAACAAACCUU